GUUAUUGUGAAUCCAAACAUCUGUGUGUGAGAACAAUAGCAAAUGCAAUAUUUUUGUGUCUGAUUUAAGGAAUUGUUUAUGUGCUAGCUAGUAAGAGAAAUUAUUGAUAAAUAUUAAUAUAUUGGCAUACCGACGGUCGACAUGGGGAGUAUUGAGAAGGCCUGUAUUUCCGGAUUUCUUUGCCGUCUUUGCUCAGAAAUGCAUAGGACAGUUAUACACAUUUAUGGAGACCAUGGUCAGCGCUUAUGCCUUGUCGAAAAAAUUAACGGCUAUUUGCCCAUUACUAUAUCACCAACUGAUCCUUUACCUAAGACCAUAUGCAAAACAUGUCUAUAUCGGGUGGAACAGCACUAUACCCUGCUAAUGAGACUAACUCGAAUGAGAGAGGAACGCAAACUUAAAUUGCUGGGUUAUAAAUCACAAAGAGAUACGGAUAAUUUCUCGAUAUCCAGUGUGGAAUGUUCCGAUGAUGAAGAAACAACAUCUACACGAAAUAAAAGUACACCUGACUCGGCUACAUCAUCAAGCUCCAAGUCUCCAAGUCCAACUUCAAUUAGAAAUAUCAGAAACAUUAAUAAUUUAGACACCGCAGGGACAAGCAGUGGGCAGAUUUUAUCAAAUGCCACUGGCAUACCUAGUACUACAGAAAAUGACGCGCAGGAACAUUAUCCAACUACUUAGAAGACCCAAUAUUAUUUAUCUUUGUUUAACUUAACCAACCAACUUUAAUAUAUUCCUAAAAUUUGGAGGACAUUUAGUCAAUAACGGACUGCUGUAUCAAAUAUGUAUGUAUUUUACUAUCACUGAAGAAAUGUGAAAAAAAAUUUAGUUAC